CGAGGUGAGAUGAGCGGAUCGGCCGCAUCCUCUGAGCGUGAGGCGCUUCCAUCGAGAGGACCGUUAACUCGGGCGGUGCCGAGUUAAAAUGGUCGAUAUCCGACCCGAAAAGCAUCCCAAAACCGUUGUACAUAUUGCGAACAUCGUCCUUCAAAUUGUGCCCGCUGUUAACAUCCCGUCUUAGUGGUCAGUUCUGCCUGCCGGUCAGAGGUUAAACUGAGGCCAUGGCAGUGAAGGACCGUGUAGAGGCGGUGCUCAAUGUGGGCCUGCGUGUCCCCAGCAUCAUGCUGCUGGAUGUCCUGUACCGCUGGGACGUCAGCUCCUUCUUCCAGAAGAUCCAGCGUUCCAGCCUGUCCAACAACCCCCUGUUCCAGUACAAAUACCUGGCACUAUACCUGCAUUACGUAGGUUACAUCCUGAGCCUGGUACUCCUGACUCUGCCUCGUCAGCACCUGGUUAAACUCUACCUGUAUGUGCUUACGGCCCUUCUGCUGUUUGCUGGUCACCAAGUCUCAAGGGAUUAUGUCCGCAGUGAACUGGAGUCCGGCCAUGAAGGACCUGUCUACCUGGAACCUCUCUGCAUGAACAGAUUCACCACUGCACUCAUAGGUCAGCUGGUGGUGUGUACCCUAUGUUCCUGUGUGAUGCAGACCAAGAGGAUUUGGCUUUUCUCUGCUCACCUCCUCCCCCUGGUGGCCAGACUGUGUCUGGUCCCACUGGAGACCAUUGUCUUCAUCAAUAAGUUCUCCAUGAUCUUCACAGGCCUGGAGGUCAUUUACUUCCUGGCUUCUAACUUGUUGGUACCGUAUAACCUGGCCAAGACCGCCUACAGGGAGCUGGCCCAGGUGGUGGAAGUGUAUGGGCUGCUUGCUUUGGGUAUGUCUCUAUGGAACCAGCUGGUCCUUCCAGUACUCUUCAUGUGUUUCUGGCUGCUGCUUUUCGCAUUGCAGAUCUACUCUUACUUCAGCACCAGAGACCAGCCUACCUCAAGGGAGAGGCUCCUUUUCCUCUUUCUUACCAGUAUUGCAGAAUGUUGUAGUACACCAUACUCCCUUUUGGGUCUGGUUUUCACCGUCUCUUUCAUCGCUCUGGGUGUUCUCACGCUCUGCAAGUUCUACCUGCAAGGCUACAGAGCCUUUAUGAAUGACAACACCAUGCACAGGGGGAUGACAGAAGGCAUCACCCUGCUGAUCCUCGCGGUCCAGACCGGCCUCAUCGAGCUUCAAGUCAUCCACCGAGCCUUCCUCCUCUCCAUCAUCCUCUUCAUUGUUGUUGCUUCUAUCCUACAGUCCAUGCUGGAGAUAGCUGACCCCAUAGUCCUGGCCCUGGGAGCAUCAAGAGACAAGAGUUUGUGGAAACACUUCAGAGCGGUGUCUCUCUGUCUGUUCCUGCUGAUCUUUCCAGCCUACAUGGCCUAUAUGAUCUGUCAGUUCUUCCACAUGGACUUCUGGCUACUCAUCAUCAUCUCCUCCUCCAUCCUCACAUCACUGCAGGUUCUCGGCACUCUGCUGAUCUACAUUCUCUUCAUGGUGGAGGAGUUUCGAAAGGCUCCGGUAGAGAACAUGGAUGAAGUGAUCUACUAUGUCAACGGGACGUACAGAUUCCUGGAGUUCCUGGUUGCGGUGUGUGUGGUGUGCUACGGCGUGUCAGAGACGGUAUUUGGGGAGUGGAGUGUGAUGGGCAGCACCAUCAUCCUGGUCCACUCGUAUUAUAACGUCUGGCUCAGAGCCCAGCUGGGCUGGCAGAGCUUCCUUCUCAGGAGAGAUGCUGUAAACAAGAUCAAAAGCCUCCCCACGGCCAGCAACACACAGCUGGAACAGUACAACGACAUCUGUGCUAUCUGCUACCAGGACAUGAACAACGCUGUGAUCACUCCAUGCAGUCAUUUCUUCCACGCUGGCUGUCUGAAGAAAUGGCUUUAUGUCCAGGAGACGUGCCCCCUCUGUCACUCGCAACUCAAAAGCCAAUCACCAACCACCACCCAAGAGGCCCCGGCGGCCAAUCAGAUCCCCGCAGGGCAAGAGGAAGCCCCGGUGGAUAAGAAGCUGAAAGAUGACGCUCCUCCAGAUGAUGCGAAGAAGGAGGGAGCAGCAGAGCAGGAGGGAGAUAAUGAACCUACUACGUCAGCUGGCAAAUCCUCCUCCUCCUCCUCCUCCUCCUCCUCCUCCUCCUCUGGUGUGCCCUCGACUCCCCAGCACCUUGCCGAGACUCCAUCUUCCUCUUCCUCUCCUCCCCCACUGACUGAAUCUCAGAAGCAGUCGCUCACAGAUCAGCCUUCUUCGUCUUCCGCCUCUUCCUCUGCCACAAUGGACUUGCCCCCGUCUCCUCCAUCACCCUCCCACGUCUCCUCCUCCUCACAGCCACCGGCCCAGGCAGCGAUGAACCCCGCUGAACCUGAGCCCAGCCCUCAACUAAACCGAGGCUUCUUACUUGGCAGCAAGGAGUCACCUCCUGCUCCAUCAUCACAUCUGAUGGACCCGCCCCCUCCCUUACAUGAGGAACAGUCUCCUCCUCCAUGCAGCCUCUGAGCCUCAUUGUUAACACACACAACAUACGUGCAUGCACAUAUAAACACACAAUCUAAAUACUCCGUCUGCCAAUACUCUGCCUAUAUUCUACUUAUCCAGCGGUUGGCUAUCCCAUCAUGUCAGAAAAUUCUCCAUAUCGUUUGAGAGAGAAAAAGAAAUCCAAAAACUAUCUCUUGGCAGAUAUUCAUCCCUCAACAUCAAAAGAAAAUGCAGAUGAUCGCCUUUUUUCGGGCGAUUUUCUCGGAACAGUUCAUCUUCAUGUGUUAAACUUUCAUGCCAGCAAUUAUUUCAUUUUCCAUUCAACACAAAUAGAGGAAAUCAGUAAUCUCAUUUCAAAAAAAAAAUAUUGGUAGGUCUACAUCAUGCCCACGAAAAUGUGAAAUCCUGAAUGAAACUGAAGUACCACAUCACAGUUAGCUUUAUAGAUUGACAGUAGACCUAUGAUGAUGGUUCUAAAAGCAUCCUCAUGUCCCUCUCAUUUCAUGUGAUGGUUGCUCCCAUCAUGCCUUUGUUUGUGCAGCGUCACUCUCAUUGCUGUACAUUUCUUAGUAUUUGAGUUUUUCUCUGUAGUCCUGUAUGUGCCAUGAUCUAAUGAGGAUUGGGUCAGAGGUUUGGAGAGCCUUGAUAGGCUGGAGACAACCGAUGGUGGUUUCAUGAAGUCUUCAGAAUUCAGAUUUUUGGUUUUAGUAGUUGUGGUGAACACACUGAGCAUCAACAGAGACUGAAUGUUGUUUCUUGAGGCCGUCACGUGACCUGAAGCCCGGUGCUACUCAGAGGAUACACGGCGUGGUCUAUUUAAGUGUUGCAGUGUGAACAAAUCAAAGGGUUCACAAGGGAGAACUAAUUAAUUUCAUGUGUCAAGUUUCCUCUAUCAUACUACUUCAAUAUUUGAUUCAAACUUGUUUGGCUGGUCCCAGCAAAAAACAAAACCAACAGUUAUACUCCUCAUCGCCAAACUUUUGUAUUACUGUUAAAGAGAUGCUAUUUUUAAGAUCAUUUUUACAUUAUGCUUUUUCAGACAGCCCGCACUGAAGACGGACUGAAAGUGAGGGAGAGAAAGACGGAGGAGGGAGAUAACAUGCGACAGAGGCCGCAGUUUGUGUUUGAACCUUCAGCAUUGGGAGAAUUAGCCCACAGAGCCGGCCAAGAAACCCAAUUAUUGAGAUGUCGGCUUUGCUUUAUUCAUGGUACUCAUCCGCACUCACCUUCACGAACUCAGCUGAUUUACAAACACGUUUAACCAGUCCAUCCCAAAGUUUCCCCCUGAGCCAGCGACUUGUUGAGACUCUUAUCACGGCAGGAGCCAAUCACCUCGCUCCAUCCAGCCCCCUUUUUUAUAUAAACCAAUCACAUCAUGGCACCCCUGUGUUUUUCUAGGACCAUCCUUAUCCUCCUGCUGCUUGUCACUCUAUGAAAUGUUACUACCAGCAAAUUUAGUCACCUGAUAGGAGAGAUUUAAUUUUUUUUUCACACGUGCUAGCACACUAUUUCUGUCGGCUCCUGUGCUUAGUAAAUGGAGCUGGACAGGGAGAAGUGUGUAUGUGUGUGUGUGUGUGUGUGUGUGUGUGUGUGUGUGUGUGUGUGUGUGUGUGUGUGUUUUGAAGAGUUUAUUGAAAGACUUGAGAAUGCCGAGUCCUGAUGCACGCUUUUAAUGUAGAGCUUGCACGCUGCCACUAUUACCAUAGCAUUCAUUUGUUUUUGUUUUUCUCCAAUUUGCUCUAACUUUGCUACCAAUUUUAUUGUUAUUUUUUUUCCAUUUUUCUCUCUUUUGGGGUGGGGUGGGCCAAAGGGGGGUCGCAUUUGCACUAAUGUCAUUUAUACUAGCAACGCUCCAAAGCUGUACUGUGGCUGCGAGCAACCAAAUACCCACUGAUGUGUUUUGUGUACGAGGAAACAGCCCAAUCUGUUUUGUGUGUAAUGUAUAUAAGUGUUGCUCUGUAUGGCAUCUAUAUUAAACCAGAGGAGUUUUGAGAUAUAUAUAUAUAUAUUUUUAAAUAUAUAUAUAU